CUGCGAAAAUGGUGGCUGCCAAGAAAACGAAAAAGUCACUCGAGUCUAUAAACUCAAGGUUGCAACUUGUUAUGAAGAGUGGUAAAUAUGUCUUGGGCUAUAAGCAGACCCUCAAGAUGAUCCGACAAGGCAAGGCAAAGCUGAUUAUAUUGGCAAACAACUGCCCUGCUUUGAGGAAAUCUGAAAUUGAGUACUAUGCUAUGUUGGCCAAGACUGGUGUGCAUCAUUACCGUGGAAACAACAUUGAACUGAGUACAGCCUGUGGUAAAUACUACAGGGUAUGCACUCUAGCUAUCAUUGAUCCUGGUGACUCUGACAUCAUCAGAAUCAUGCCAGAACAGACUGGUGAAAAAUAGAUCAGAACUUUCUUGCCUUAUAAAUAAAU